AUGAGCCUGGAGAGCGUUGCAGAGCGCAGCAAACCGGCGACGGAUGCGGUUGGCGCGACCGUGACGGGAGAGUUUCUACCUGUGUCCAGGCAUAGAAUUAAGACGAGCAGGUGUGAAACGAAAGGAGAAAGUUGCGAGCUCUUGGUGGGAAAUAAUAAUGCGAAUGAAGAAAAGGAGCAGAUUUUUGAUCCACCAAUAAUAGCAACCAAAAUCCGCUUCGUUCCUUACACACCCCAUAUUCGUACCGUCUGUAUGCGCGUGGAACUUUAUGGCUGCCCUUGGACCGAGGGGCUGGUCUCGUACUCGAUUCCUCAAGGAAUUCAGAGAGGUUCGGAAGUCGACCUAACCGACAGAACGUAUGAUGGUCAAGAAGAUAGUGGGUACCUCUCUGGUGGGCUUGGUCAACUGGUGGAUGGGCAGAAGGGUUCUGACAACUUUAGACUCGAUGUCAACGGUAAUGGGAAAGGAUACGAAUGGGUUGGCUGGAGGAAUGACACACCGAACAUGCUCGGAAAACCAGUUGAAAUAACUUUCGAAUUUGAUUAUGCGAGGAACUUUACAGCGAUGCAUCUCCAUACGAAUAAUUUCUUUACGAAAGAUGUGCAGGUUUUCUCGCACGCGAAAGUAUACCUGAGUGUUGAGGGCAACCUGUUUAAUGGUGAACCAGUCCAAUUCUCGUAUAUGCCUGACUUGGUAUUGGAGCAGGCGCGUGAUGUAACAAUCAAGCUUCACUCACGAGCUGGUCGCUUCCUGAAACUACAACUUUACUUUGCAGCACGCUGGAUCAUGCUCAGUGAAGUCUUCUUCGAAUCGGUUAUUUUUGAAUGGAACAACACUGAUGACGAGGAACUGAAAAACAAGAGCACGACUGUUCUGUCUACCGGAAGUCCCUUUCAGAACAACGAAGGUCCACUUCAAAGAGAUGAAGUGAAAGCCACCUUCAAUAAAGACGAUCAUAGCGACAGUUCUUUUCCAGAUAGAAACAAAGAUCCAGAGUCCAAGCAAUUAAUUGGGCUGGUAAUCGGAAUAUUGACGACUGUCAUCGUCAUGCUACUAGCAGCGAUUAGCUUUAUCUUCUACAGAAACAGAAGAUUGAAAGCUGCUCUUACACCUCCAACCUUCUAUGAUCAUCAGUUGAAUCUCAAGGUUUCAGUGGAGGAGAGUGAGGACAAGGGACCAAUUUGCCCCCCGCUUCCGCCACAGUACCGGCCCAGCAUCACUACGACAACCACUCCGCAGCUACACAAAACUACCUCCAACUAUACAGGAGUUCCCGAGGUGCAGCCAGUCAUUCCACUUUUGCUUAACACGGCCAUCAAUCUUGGAAGGCCAAUUCCGCCUGUACAGGAAUAUCCAUCUAAUCCACCGCCAAUUCCACCACCUCCGGAAAAGUAUUACGCCAGUACGGAGAUAUGCAAGAGUCCCCUUCCUCCCUUGCCCCCAUCUCCAAACCCGAGUACACCAGUAGCCAUGAGCGUGAAGGCCUCCAGCAGCUUGAAUAGUUAUAGUGCUGAGGACAUGCUCACGGAGGAGGAGGAUGAGGACUGCGUCUUUGACUUUCCAAGAGAGAGGCUCAACAUUGUCGACAAUCUCGGGUGUGGUUACUUUGGAGACAUUCACAUCUGCGAACUUGAUAGAUGUCCUGGAUCCGACAAAGUCUUCAGGAACACUAUCACGGACCUCGUCAUCGUGAAAUCCUUGCGGCCAGGAUCUUCCGAAACUCUGAGGAUAGAAUUUCAGAAAGAGGCGAAAAGACUGGCACGACUCAUGGACAGGAAUGUCGCACGAUUGCUCGGUGCCAGCCUAGAAAACGAUCCAAUGUGCAUCGUAUUGGAAAACGGUGAAUAUGGGGAUUUGAAUCAGUAUCUACAGAGUCACAUCGCCGAAACGUCAACAAUACAUACAGCCAAGACGUUGAGUUUUGGCACGCUGGUGUACAUGGCUAUUCAAAUAGCAUCCGGCAUGAAAUAUCUGGAAGAAAUGGACUUUGUACAUCGGGACUUAGCAGCCAGAAACUGUCUAGUUAAUCCAGGUCACUCCAUAAAGAUUUCGGAUCUUGGACCAGGAAGGUCGACUUACCUAGCUGAUUAUUUCAAGGUCGAAGGUCGGCCACCUCUCCCUAUUCGUUGGAUGGCUUGGGAGUCCAUGCUGAUGGGCAAAUACACAAGUAAGAGCGACGUGUGGUCAUUCGCUGUCACGUUCUGGGAAAUACUUACGUUUGCUCGGGAGCAACCAUUCGAGGAAUAUCCGGAUCAUCGAGUAGUCGAGAACGCCACUUAUUUUUAUCAGGAGGAUCAGAGGCGGAUUAUUCUGUCACUUCCGAAAAACAGCCCGAAGGAGAUGUAUGAACUCAUGUGCGAGUGCUGGCAAAGGAAUGACGUGGAUCGUCCUAGUUUUCGUGAAAUCCAUCUUUUUUUACAACGAAAAAAUCUGGGGUAUAAACCGAACAGCAAUGAUACUUGA